UCCCAGGGUUUUCUCCAUUAUUUAACCAAGAAACAGUAUCAAGAUUUCGGGAGAAGAAAAUGGAAGAGUUCGACGAAGAUGAUUUCGGGGAUCUUUAUACCGACGUCAAGGUUCAAGCCGGCCCGGCACUCAAUUCUGUCCCACCAUUGGCUCAAUUGCCCCUGGACACAGAAAUUUCGGAUUCCUCGGAGGCAAAUGAGAGAUUCACCGCCGGCGGCAGUGGCGCAGACAAUGCUGAAGAAGAGGAGGAGGAGGAGACCGCGGCUGUGGCUUUGGAUGAAGGUCAAGAGUGGAGUGGGAAUGGAUUUGAGAGUGAGAGUGAGAGUGAGAGUGAGGAUGAUUUGAAUAUCGUGUUGAAUGAUGAUGAGGAAGUUGGAAACAGUAAUAAGGUUAUUAAUGGAGGUCAAUUAGGGUUUCGAGUUGGGGGGAUUGGGGGAGGGCUUGAUCAUGAGGAUGAAGUUGGAAUUAAAGGGGAAGAUGAAGGGAGUAAUGGAAGGGGAAACCAUGAUAGCUGCUGCACUGGUGGUGGUGGUGGUGAUGUUGGCUUUGAACUAGGCAAUGGAGGGAAGGUUGGGUUUAAUGGUGGUGAUUGCAGUGUAAAAUACGAGUGCAUGAAAUCGAAGGCAGCAGCGGUUCUAAGUAAUUUGAAAUGCAAUGGAUCUGCCAGAGUAGCUUCUUACUCUUCCCAAUUUGUUAGAGGAUACUGGGAGGAUAAUUGUUGGACCCCUCAUUUUGGCAAAAACUCGCUAGUGCCACAAAGGGGACAUAACUUCUCACUUCCUCGUUCUAGGACCAUUAUAGACGUAAAUAUAGAUGCAUUCGAGUGGAAGCCUUGGAGGCAUCCGGGGGCUGACAUAACAGAUUUUUUCAAUUUUGGUCUUGAUGAAGAUAGUUGGAAAUGCUAUUGCAGUUGCCUGGAUGGGUACCGCGAGCAACCAAAUGAGGGUAACCCAGCUUACAACCCUUGGAGACAUAGUAUGCCAAAGGGGGAAGCCAUUCUGGUAGAAGACAGCAUUUGUGAACACCAAGCAUCUGUAGAUGUCAGGCAUUCUGUUGAUCGAGACUCUGAUGUUAUCAUACAGAUUCAUGUGCAGGAUAUGGAAGAUCUCUCAAGCUCUGGGAACAUGGCACUUGAUCAAGGGAGUAGCCAUGUAGCUGAAGCUUCCCAUGAAGGAGAAUCUGGAGAUAUUGGUAUAAAGAAUGAAGAUAUGGUUUGUUUUAAUAGUGCCAGUAAAGAUGACCUACCCAUUUUGAAGGGACCCACAGAAGAAAAAUGGAUAUCAAUUCCUGAAAGGUGCUCCAAUGAUACAUCUACAUGUGCUGGUAAUCCUGUAUAUAGGGAUUCAGACAAUUGUGGGAGUCUUCAGGUUUCUGAUACACACGAACACGACCAUGAAGAGUUGGCAGACAGUGAUUCAGAUGGAAGUGCUGAAGAUAGAUCUUCUGAUGACUCGAAGAAAUGUAUUGGUAGUGUCACAUCCAAUACCACAUCAACCGUAAGGGAAUCAGAAUCAUCCUAUGGGCUUGAGACUCGUGGCACUAGUUUCUCUCCUUCUUCCAGUCAUGACAUAAAAUCCAGAUGUGGUGCUUAUCCUGAGCCAGAUAAAAUUUAUGACCAUGUUAAAAGGGUAUCACCAAACUCAGAGUCUGAGGCUGUCACAUUUGAUUGUAAUUCCUCAAAGGACUUCAGAAGCCAUAGCAUCAAGAUGAAGUCUGGUGCUUAUGAAUAUUUUUCAAGAGGCAGAAAUCCCAUCAACAGAAAGCUCAAAUUUCCUGAGAGGAAAUCAACUAGGAUAUCUAAAUUCAAGUCUCACCUCGAGUAUGAGGAUGCUUUCUGUUUGUCUAAUCCAAAGAAGUCGCAUGACGUAUGUCGUUCAACAUCUGCAUGUGGCAAUCAGAGAAAUAGGCGUCAUAGUUUUGAUUUUUCUGAAAGGCAAGAUUUCUCAUGUUAUGAGGGCUUAGAAUAUCUUAUCAACCAUAGAGGAAAAAGAUUAUAUGAUUAUCAGUCCAGUGGUGCUUAUUCUCAAAAUUCUCAUCGAAGAGGUUGCCGAGUUUCUAGAUAUGAGAGAGAGCAGUGUUACAAUCAGACUGUAAGUGGAAAACACCAUUUUACUGAACAAAGAAUACCGAGGUUUAGUGGUGACACAAGGGAGAAGGAUUUGGAUCACUAUGAUGGGGAAGACUCUGUCUCAGGACUGGAAUCCCUUGAUUUCCAUGGGCCAGGAGAGCUCAUUUUUGAAAAAUCACAAUUGUUAGACUGUGGAAACCAUGCUCGGUGGAAAUGGAAAUCAGGAGAGCUGAAUUUUAGAAGGAAAUUGAAAAAUUGUAACUUUAUUUGUGAACAUAAAUAUAGCAAUAACAUGACUCGAGAAAAUUUUAGAUCUAUUCAGUGUAGGGAAGGAGAUAUUGUGCAACGUAAAUAUGAUAGACAGUUGCAAUAUGGUAGAGGAAAAGUUAGAGGCCCUUUAAGAGGCAAAAGGAGAUUUGACAGUCCCCUUAGUAGCUGUGAAACUAUUCGGUGUAGAAAUAGCGAGGACGAGAAACCACAAACUGUUGGCAGGGUAAGGGCGCCAGGUGCGCCUUAUUCAAGAUUUUAUGUAUCUGAAAGAUGCAGUAAACAAGGGAAACAUAAUUGUGUAGGGAGGUACAGUGGUGGUACCAAAUCUGGUUUUUCUGAUGGUAUGUUUGACAAUGAUGAGAAUAUAAAAAAUGCUGAUGAUCAAGAUGAUUUUGCUGGAAGAAGACAUUAUGGACAAUCUGAAGUAUUGGAGUGGAGGGAAGAGGAAUGCAAUUCUUGGUAUCCUGAGCAUGGUGUUUUGGCUGAGGGAACAUUAUAUCCUUUUAACAAGACUUCAGGGGUUAAAGGAUCUGUUGCCAAACAUGGGUCUGUAUAUGGAGGGAAGCUUAUAGAUCUUAGUGAACCUGAACAAAAUAGAUACAAAUUAUCAAGAGAAGGCGGUGUCGGUCGUAAAUUUCUGGAAAGUCCUAAUGUUAGCCAUAGAGAUAAUGUUCAGCGAACACGCCCAAGGUGCUGGUAUUCAACUGACAAAGACAUGGUUGUUUGGGACAGCAAGUCCUCUAGGUGCUCCGAGGCUGGAAGUUCAAUGUGCUUUGAUAGAUACGAGUACUUCAAGCGCAAUGAAGAUUCAGAGCAGCGAACUUUCAAGGGCUUAAAUGGUUCCCGUCUAGAGAAGGUUGCUCGAGCUGACAAUACAAAAGCCGGUACCUUCCUGGUGGAUGCAAAUUGGCGCAACAAGUUUCCUAAUGGCAAGCGGAACGAUUCUCCAGAUAUUGAAGAAGGUCAGAUAGUUACUGAAGGUUUGAUUGAGAAACCUAAGGAAAGGAUUAGUGCAUCCAGAGAUAAAACAAACAUCACAGGCACAAAGGGCAUUUCCAGGGAAAAUCCUAGGAUAUUGGAGAUAAUUGCCAAAAUGGAAAAACGACGAGAGCGGUUCAAGGAACCGAUUUCUUUGAAAACAGUCUCAGAGAAAAAUGGCAAGCCAUUUAGUGCUGAUGGUGCUGAAACUGUUGAAACAAAGCAGCUACCUAGACCAGCACGGAAAAGGAAAUGGGCUGGGAGUUAGGGAAGUCUUAACAAGCUUCCCAACAAAGAAUACAUUAUUAGAUCUUCAGGUUUUCUUGAUUAGUUUAAAAAGUUAUUAUACAAACAAAGCCAUGUUUGAUGGUCAAUAAUUAUUGCGAUUACUGAAAUA